AUGGAGCCUGAAAAUUCUAGCGCUGGAAUUGCAAUUAAUAAAAGGGUAAGUAAGUGUCAUGGUAACGCGUCUGGAAAUAUAGAAUACAAAUAUUCAUAAGUUCCGCCUUUUUCGUAUAUUGAAAAUAUUGUUCCCAGUCCUAUAAUUAUUUAUUCUAUUCUCUUUCGCCUUUCUCAAAAUCAUGGAGAAAGACAAGGAAAAGAUAUUCGAAUUCCAGAUGGCUGUCGAUCACUUGGAACCAAGCGAGAAGCUUCGAUCAAAGAUUCAAGUAAGAAAUCCAUUGCUCAGAAAUGCUCUUUCGGAAUUCUUCGGAACCUUCCUUCUCUUGUUCAUCGGAUUGGGAAUUGUUAUGCAAUUCAUUCUUUCGCACGAGAAAUUGAACACUUGGAUCAAUGUAAGUUUUUAGAAAAUGAUAUGUAAAUCUUUGCGAAAAAAAAAAAUAACUUUUCAGAUUAACCUUGGAUGGGGUCUUGCUAUUGCUUUCACCGUCUACACUGCCUCAAAAACCUCCGGAGGACACUUCAACCCAGCUGUUUCAAUUGCUAUGGUCACUUUGGGAAAAUUAUCUGUCAAGGACUUUAUCGUCUACGUUAUCGUCCAAACUUUGGGAGCAAUUCUUGGAUCGGCUGCUGCUUAUGGAUUGUAUUUGGAUCAAUUCAACCAUUUCGCUGGAGAUAUUCGUGCUGUUACUGGAGCAAAAGCUACCGCUGGAUGUUUCUGCUCAUAUCCAGCUGCUCAUGUUUCAAACAUCACCUCAUUCUUCGAUCAAUUCGCCGGAACCGCUCUUCUCGUUCUCUUCGUUUGCGUCGUCAUUGAUAAGCGCAACCAAAUCCCAGCCUCUGCUCACCCACUUUUCUUCGGACUCAUCGUUAUGAUGAUCGGAACUGCUUAUGGAAUGAACUUGGGAUAUCCAAUCAACCCAGCUCGUGAUCUCGGACCAAGAAUCUUCUCAUACUUCCUCUACGGAUCGGACGUCUUCACCUACAGCAGCUAUUAUUUCUGGAUUCCAGUCAUCGCCCCAUUGUUCGGAGGAGUUUUCGGAGCCUGGGCUUACCAUUUGUUCGUUGGAGCUCACAUCCCAGAACAACGACCAGAUAGAACCUAUGUUCUUGUCGACGAAUCAAACCAACCAUUGAAAUUGGCUGAUGAUGCCUAG